AUGGCAGACGAUGAGAUGAACACUGAAGAUGCAGCAAGCACACAAGGGAUGAUUCAACCCAACCUGAACAUCGUCACUGCCACAGAAAAUGUGAACACGUUGUUAACCACAAUAAUACCAUGUUCAGCCAACAUUAAAAACGCACAGAAUUUUACAAGUGACACUGACUGUCUGUUGGAUACUGCAAAUACUUCGUCAGUAGCUGAAUUAGUUCCUCAAAAUAUCUCAACGACAUUUUCGUUUUUGGACAUGACAAACAGCACGAAAAUGUCCACAACUGGCAGACAAAGAGGAUCACUUGGCGCGUUCUCAUACGAGGUUGAAAUCGCUAACUAUCUGUACGUUUUCGUCAUCCCGGUCAUUUUUUGCCUCAGCUUGCUAGGAAACGUUAUUUCCUGUAUGGUGUUUGUGAGGAGCGGCCUAGACAAACCGUCAAACAUCAUCACUCUUGGCCUGGCUAUUGCAGAUAUAUGCGCUAUACAGAUCAACAUUGCCAAAUAUUUUUACGUAUUUGGACCAGGGGUCAGUUUAUUGCUUCCGGGCUGGAUCGUACCUCGCAAUGUUGGCUACGCCGCGUUCAUCGGUUUUAUCGGAAUCGAAUUCAUCCAGAACAUGGGCUCCAACUGCGUGUCGUUCGUGACGGUGGUGAUAACGUUCGAGCGGUGUCUAGCUGUCUUCUGCCCACUCAGGUUCUCAACGAUCGUCACGGCGCCUAGAGCUAAGGCUAUGGUCAUAUUCGUCUUCUUGUUUUGGCUGCCAUGGAGCCUCUGCACAUGUUUUGUGUAUACUUUUCAAUAUUACUACACGGAAACUUAUAAGCAGUUUAUUGCAAGAAUAUACUAUAGUGACUGGUUCCUUGAAAACAAAAUUAUAUUUGAUUUAUUUAGCUACGAAAUCAUGUCCGCUUUAAGCACGAUCAUUCCUUUGAUACUAGUCACUCUCGGUUGCAUAUUUAUAGGAAUAAAAAUCCGACUCACCAACAGAAAGAGGAAGGUCCUUUCAUCCUCUUCUAAAUCCGUCUCGUCAUCACGAACCACGAGGACCCUGCUCAGCGUCUGUUUCGUUUUUGUUGUUAUCCACUCGUCCAUCUACUUGAUUGGAUUGGUGAGUAGCCAGCUGUACGCUGUCAAUGGCGUACAAGGCAGCGGUUUCUACCUAAUCUUGCAGGUGCCUGUCAUUAAUAUUCUCAGCUCAGCGAACAGUUUGAUGAACGUCAUCAUUUACCUCUUUCUCAACCCCAGAUUCAAGGAUAUUUUCUUAGACUUAAUCCGUCUUCGUUUUUCUUUGAUUUGA